AUGGCAGCAGUAGCAAGCGGACAAGAAACAACAGCAGCUUCUCAGCAAGCGCCGGCAUCCCCCCCGCUACCGGCGAGACACACGGCGCUGACUCCGGGGUUGCGGGCGUCGCGGUUCCAACAGGUGCUGGACUCAAGCUUGUCGCAUACGCUAUCCAAGAUCGGCUGGGACAACUUUGCAGCCUGCUACCCGACCAUCGCCGCGCAGGCGCCUGCCGUGCUGCGCGCCGUCCAGAAGCAGAUGGUGGAUCGCUUGGGCGCGCUGUGUAAGAAAGAAUUCGAUUCCGUCCUGCAGGGCCGUAACGUGGUGGCUAAGCUUAACGAGCUCGAGAGCCUGGUCAGCGAGGCCGAGCGCAGGAGGGACGACGCCGGCGUGGUUGGGUCGGAGGCGCCUAUUCCACCGCACAUGCUACCUCCGGACCAGAUUUUGGCAGCACAUCUAGCGCCGCAUCUGGCACAGCAACAAUCGCAACUUAACGCAAAAUUGCAAACAGUACAAGCGCAUAACGCAAAACUAUUUAACGAUAUCCAAAAGCAGCGCACCGAGAUGCAGUCUCUCAUGGCGCUCUUACAGAAGGUCUUCGAGGACAUCGACGGUGCUAACAGCCAGAUGGAUGAUGUUGUAGAUGAUCUUGCCAAGGAGACGAGGACGGUGGAAGCUGAGAUGGCCGAGCCGUGA